AUGGCAAGGCUAACCAUAGCUUGCAGCUUCAUCCUGCUGAUCACCACCACCAUAAACCAUCCUUUUGCCGCUGCUCGAAGCCUAAGCAAUUCAAAGCCAUCACACCCUCACAAUCACCUUCACAAACUCACAUUCCUAAUGAGAGAUGUGCUCAUGAAUGUGACACAACCCUCAUCCAAGACCAAACCAGCAACCACCAAAGUGAUAAGUCCUGAGCUGCCAUUUUCGAAACCACUAGGAGUAUUUCCUCCAAAUGGAGGAGUCCCCAUCUCAGAAAUCAACCCCAUGCAUCCUACUACUCCAGUUUCGGGAUUCUCCACUCAAACGCUAGAUUUAUCCAGCAUUGGACUAUUUUUUCCUGCUAGAGCCACACUGCAAGAACUGGAGUUUGGGGAAGUAACUGUGAUCGAUGAGGACAUAUUUGAAACUUUUACUUCAGGGUAUGGUUCACUGGUCAUUGGAAAAGCACAGGGGAUAUAUGUUGCAAGCUCUGAAGAUGGGAGUAGCCAUAUGAUGGCCAUGACUGCACAUUUUGCCAAUAAUCAAUUUAAGGAUGGAUUGAGACUUUUCGGGGUUCAUCGCAGGGAUGUGCAUGAUGAAUCGCAUAUUUCUGUUGUUGGUGGCAUUGGGAAGUAUGUGGGUGCAAAUGGCUAUGCAACUGUUAAGACAGUGAAAACUGAAGAAGCAGCCAGCAAGAUGUUCAAGCUCAAUGUCUAUCUCAGCUAG